AUGCGGCCAGCGCUUCUUCUGAUAUUUUUAGCCAAAUCUAUAUUUUCCGAAGGAGUAUAUGAGCUACGAAUCUAUGACGGAGCUGAUCGUGGAACUCGUCUUACAAUGGGGGUGGAGCUGCAACGACGUUUUGAGACGAUGAAAAAUUGUUUCGGACAGCUAGAGACGGAGAUCGAAUGGAUCGAGUACCAGUCCUCCCGAAAUGCUUUUUACACUUCCGCAGAACUGCCAUCAGUGAAACCAAACGGUGACCUUACAGGAACGCUCCACUUACUAUGCACGGGUAAUCGUAUGCAUUCGCUGAACUUCCGCGUUCAUAUCACUCAUCGGAACCAUCAUCCGCCAACGUUUGCCAAACCUGACUACCGUUUCUACGCACCUGUAACGCUACCGGUCGGGGCUCAAGUCGGCAAAAUGGAGGUCUACGACAACGACCCGGUCAUCUAUAACUCAGAACGGAGUCUGAGCUUCACUCAAGAGCAACAACUGUUAACCGUGCACGCCGAUGGAACUCUCGUACUCAAAGAAGAACUUUCCUCACAAAUGGCAUUUAAACCUAUUAGGAUGCAGGUUCUCGCCAUAGAUUACGGUAGUCCGCAGCUGUUCACCAUCGCUAAUCUCACUAUUGUUCCGGUGACUGUAUCGCAGGUCGAGAACCUUCGAGUAAAUGUUGCAACCGAAGAUUAUCAAAUAUUCGAAUGGGACUCACCGUCUUAUGGUCAUCCAGAGAAAUACCGUCUUAUUAUUGCAAAGGGUGAAAGCAUGCACUACGAAGAGGAAUUGGAUGGCCGACGAACCGUGGCGCUGACUAAGGUAGCUAUAUCCCCUUCGGGAAAUUUCACUUACAAAGUUUCUGCUGUCGAUGCGAACGGAGAAACACCUAGUGAAUGGCAACGGUUCACUGUUUUCCAAAAUGACCUAACAUGCGAAGGUGAGUGUUCUUCUGGUGGCGUUCCCUUGUGCUACUAUGGCGCAUUCAACCACCUUGAACAGUUUGUCGACUCAAGAGGGGCGCAUUGUCAAUGUUUCCAUGGAUUUGUGGGUGUCGGAUGUGAUAAAACAGACAACUGUCAAACGGAGAAAACUGUGGAUUCGUAUGGAGGUUUGGAUUGGAGAGAAGCGUCGGCUAACGCCACUGUGCAAGUCCCAUGUCCAUACAACACCGAAAACGAUAAACAAAAAGUGGAAAGAUCAUGCGAAUGGAAUAAGAGUUUGGGACGUGCUGUUUGGGCGCGACAGAAGGAGUUGGAGAAAUGCAAACCACAGGCUUCCGUUCUGACUCAUCUUGGGAUGCUGGGCACGUUUGCACUGAACGCAAACGGCGUAUCAACAAUCCAUACAGUUGCUAGAUUCAUCCGCGAUCUGCUCACGGUGCCCGCAUUUUCCGCUGAUCCUACAUCCACAGCUCAUUUCGAUCAGAAAAUUGCCGAACAAGCGGCUCUUGUUAUUGAUUCGGUGCUACGAAUUGAUUUUGACGCACUUCAAGGGAACACCACCCUCGCUAAGAACGAAAUGUGGUCGAUUUUGGCUGAAUUCUCCACUCGACUCCCUUCACCUUUCACCCUAGUUUCCCCUGAUCUCGGUCUUCACAUGAAAGCAAUGCAAUGGGUGAAAGGCAGCGAAAAUUUUGAAACCGUUCUCGGGACUAAAUGUAGAGUGAAGUUGCCGACGAUCGAUUCAGAUCACAUUGUAAGAAGUGUAUGUAUGGCGAACGGAUCUCUGUUCGAUAUAAUCAGCUCACAAAACCCUGUCCUUUCGUUGAAACUGGAUUCGAUGGAUCAUGUGUAUUUCUCGAAAAUGAUGAUCAUGUUGAAGCCGAAGGACUAUCUCUACAACUACACCUGUGUUCAUUACGACACCUCAGAAGGAGGUUGGUCCACUAGAGGAAUCCGUAGGAUCGAUCCGAAUUAUCAUGGAUAUGUGCGAUGUGAGACUAAUCACAUGGGGAUUUUCUCGCUAUUGCCUGAUAGCUACUUCAUAUCGGAAGACGAUGCUAUGAGAGAUUUGGGCGUACUGUUACCUACAGUGACAACAUUCAUCUCAAUGAUCUGUUCAAUAUUUCUACUUUUUAUGGCUGCUGUGCAAAAGAACCAAACGGUGGAUUUUGCUCUACUCGUCUAUCUGUUCUUCGUUUUUAUGAUCCAUGUUGUUCACCUCGUAAUGUUAAUUGCUCCUCAGGUGGGAGAUCCGUUUGCUCUGUCACCAGCACUCCAUCUCAUUCUCCAGUUCUCGAUCAUAUCCGUCAGUGCAACGUUGUACCUCGUGUUGUCCUCAAUCCGAACUGUUCUUAUGACUCAUGAAAGAGUUAAAGAAGUGGAUGAGCAGUGCUGCUCAAGACCAUGUUCAGUUAUUGGCCUAGGCAUCUUUCUUCCCGCAGUGCUAACGUUCACCACCUACUAUUUCGCCAACGACUAUGACAGUAGUCUAUCGAGGGUGUUCGAACGCGUUGACUGGCUAUUCCUCGCUAAUUACCUAUCCCCAACUGUAUUGUUUUGCGCCAUGACGAUAUCGUAUGCGAUGUGGAACAUUUAUUUGGGUGGUAUGUGGAGAACUCGUCAUCGUGGAUCUUCUGAGCGUUUUCUAUCGUUAGCACCUGCUGUUCAAGCGUCUCUAGUUUCAAUAGUAAUGCUUGGAUUCCUAGCUUCUUUCACGAUUUUGUUCCUAUUUCGUGAAGAAUCCUCUCUAGCGGCCAUACUUUUCUCUUUGGCGCAGAUACUGUAUUCGUGUUGUGCAUUUCUCUUUGCCGGAUACCUCUUUAGGAUGCGUUACCUUUUUGAGAGAGAAGAGGACGGUUCCACGCAAUCGCUGGAACGUAAACGUGACAUCUCUCGAGCGCUUCUCGAUCAUGUGGACGUAGCAGCGAAAACGAGUGACUGCGACAACGGUUCGCUGAAAUCCGACUCAGGUGCAUACCUUCGUAUGCCACAGAAUCUCUACGAUCGUGCACCAAUGGUUAGCAUCGUAUGA